UCCAUAAAGGCAAAUUUCCCUCUUACAACACUCCUCUUUUGUUGCGCGGCGCGCUGAGCCGUCCCCUCCCGGCUCCUGUGAUGUCAUCCCUGCGCUCUCGUCUUCACUGGAUUGGAGGAUCUCGACAUAAAUUUCCUGAAAACUCCCAACCCUUUUUUCUUCUCUCCCAACACUGCACGUCCCUUAUUUCCUGUCCCAGAAAAAAAGUUCACUCGCGGAGCCUAGCAGUGAACUUUUAGACAAAACCGUCACGUUUUAGUGUCGCUAAAAGCUAAGUUUUUAUCUCCAGCAUCUUCUCUUUACGUUUUGGGAAAGUAAGAAAUGGAAGAAGUCAAGAAGAAGUUCCAUGCCCUGCAUCUCAUCGCGGAUGAGGCAGAAGACCGAGCAAAGCAGUGCCAAGCAGAGCUCCACCUUGAACGAGAAGAGCGAGAAAAAGCCGAGGCAGAAGUGGCGUCCCUGAACCGCAGGAUGCAGCUGGUGGAGGAGGAGCUGGAUCGCACUCAAGAGAGACUAGCCGCCGCACAGCAGAAACUGGAGGACGCUCAGAGUACAGCCGAUGAGAGCGAGAGAGCGAUGAAGGUGAUUGAGAACAGAGCCAUGAAGGAUGAGGAGAAGAUGGAGAUCCUGGAAAUGCAGUUGAAAGAGGCCAAACACAUUGCAGAGGAGGCUGACCGCAAAUAUGAGGAGGUUGCCCGUAAACUUGUGAUCUUGGAGGGAGAUCUGGAGAGAGCAGAGGAGAGGGCGGAAGUUGCAGAGCUUAAAUGCACCGAUCUGGAGGAGGAGUUGAAGAAUGUUACAAACAACCUGAAGUCUCUAGAGGCUCAGUCUGACAAGUACUCUGAGAAGGAAGACAAAUACGAAGAGGACAUUAAAGUUUUGAAUGACCGGCUCAAGGAGGCUGAGACUCGUGCAGAAUUUGCUGAGAGGACAGUGGCUAAACUGGAAAAGACCGUUGAUGACUUAGAUGAGAAACUAGAGCGAGCCAAAGCGGAGAACAUGGACAUAAACCAGCGUCUGGAACUAACACUGCAGGAACUGAAUUCUUUGUAAAACCAGAAGAAAAAGUUGCACAAAAAACAGAAUUUUUUAUUAUCAAACAUCUCUUUUUUUGUUUGUUUGUUUUUUUUUUGUUUUUUGCAUUUUACUGGAAAAUCACUAUCUCUGCUACUUUUAAGAACAAACUUCUAACAUUCCUUUUAUAUUUAUGUUUUUUUUUUAAUAAUGUCCCUUUUGUAUUAAAUGGUUUUGGGUCCAUAUCUUUCCCAAAUCUAGUGUUGGUGCUAAGAGUUGAGUAGCACAGAUACAAUUGAUGGCCAUAUUGAUAGUUUUUUGUUGUAUAAGCUUUUCCUGUGUCUAUGUGACCUGCCUACGGUUUUGUACUAGGCAAGUAAGGCCUUGUGUAAGUUCAUUCUUCACUUACUUGUCCUAGCAUGCUCUGUGCUUGCUUUGUGCUUAAUAUUUGGACCAACUUUUAAACAUCUCCAAUGCUGUUAAGCCCCUGUUUUAUACUACAGCCCAGUUGACAGCAGCAAACAAUAAAGAAUACUGUUUGUUUCAA